AUGCAGUCUAAUGAAGAGGGACACAAUUUCUGGAUGCUUUCCUCUCAGGUCUGCUUUUAUGCAGCCUAUGGCACGACGGGGUUGGCAGCCGUGUGGUUUGCGGCCAUUAACUUCAUUGGGGACGAGGUGUACCAUCCGCUAGACUUCUUCUCCAAUAAGAUGCGAAGCAGGCCAUACUGGUACGUUGCAGUGGUUGCUACAACUGCGGGGCUGCUAGGCCUUGACAUGGCCAGCGGCUACUUGGAGGAGCUGUCCAGUACUCUGCCGGAGCUGGUGGUUUGUACCAAUCUCGAGGGUUUUGUGUUGGUGGGCACAAUGAUGUUUGCUGAAUCGGCUGGCGCAGCCAUGGUCACCAUGCUGGCCCACAUGAUUGUGACGAAAGGACUUGUUGUUGUCGUCACCAUUCCGACUGCACCUUUUAUGCCGGGGGCAGUAUAUUCCAAUGCGUACUUCAUUUUGCACAUGUUCUUCGUAUUCUUCCUCAAGGCGGAUUCUUGGGAUUCCUCGCCCGCGUCAUGA